GCACUUGAAGCGCACAACCCGUUCGAGCCGUCUACCCGAGCUUUGCGUUUUUCGAAGAGAGAGAACCCCCCCCGGCCGGCAGCCGCGACCGAACACGCCCGCCAUGGCCAUGCCCUCGAGCAAAUCUUGCCAGAGCCCUAACCCGACCAGGCACAACCACACCGGGUCAAGAUCCUCGGAGGCCGGCGGGAACCCCAUGAGGAGGAGUUUCAGCGGCAACCCGUUUUCGAAGCCCGCGAUCGUCACCAACGCGAGAGGGUUCAACCCGGUCACUCCUGCCAAUAGCCCCUCAGAAUACCCGCGAAGACUCUCGGUGGGUAGAGAAAGCUUAGCAUCGUUCAGAGAGCAUGAGGAUAAAGAGAAUGGGAAGGAUCAGAGCGCAAAACAAGCGCGAAUCAAAUCGGUAGCUCCCCUCAAGAGUCCAAAGAAUUUCAUGUCUCCGACGAUUUCCGCGGCUUCUAAAGUCAAUGCUUCGCCGAAGAAGAGGGUGCUGACGGACCGGAACGAGCCCGUCCGAACUUCUGUCACACUUUCCGACUUGGGAAGUUCUUGCGGUUCAUUGAGUCUCUCUGAAGCGCUAGAAGAGCCCAACUCAAAACUAGAAAUGGAAGCGGAGAUCGCAGCAGAUUCUCGCGAUUCAACCGUCACUGAUUCGGACCUUGCGGAUGCUAAUCAUGAAGUUUCUUCAUCAUCAAAGGGUUCCAAGAAGAAAGUAGCUUUCGACUCUAACGUACAGACAAUCCCUCUGGAUGACUCGGAGACGUUAGAUCGUGCUGAUGUGAAUGAGGAUCUCAAGACCAGUCCUGCCCCCAGAUCACCGCGCAAUCUUUUGGCACCGCUUGAUGCCGAUCCGCUGAUGCCGCCUUAUGAUCCCAAAUUCAAUUACCUCUCACCGAGGCCUCAAUUUCUUCAUUACAAACCGAGCCCUCGGAGAAUGCGUUAUCUUAGCGACGAAAAAGACGGCAAUCCUCUUGACGACGCUUUUUGCACCGGAGGAUUUUCAGACACUGAUCUUACUGAAGAAACACUAUCUGAUGAUUCUCAAAAGGAACCUGAUGUUGUUUCUUCUAGUGAGACGGAAAAAGCAGCAGAUAGUGAUGAAACUGAGGAUGUUUCUCCUACCGAGAUGGAAAAAGAAGCAGAUGGUGAUGGAGAGGUGCUUUUGGACGAAGUGUUUGAAACCAUCCCAAAUGCAGCUAGUCUUGACAUGGUGAAAGAGGCCGUCGAAGUGAAGAAAGUGUCCAAGCGUCGAUUCUUCACGAAAACGAAGUGCAUUUCUUUGGUUUUUGUCCUUUCAGUUGUUGCGUGCAUGGCGAUGACGGGAGCUAAUUCUCCACUGAGAAAUUGUUCUUACAUCAAAGGUUCGAGGUUCAGCGAGCUUUUUGAGACUUCUAAAUUAGCUGAAAGUGUCAGAGUUGAUUUCGACGAGCUUGCUCAGAACUUCUGGUAUUUGUAUGGCGAUUCAGUGUCUUACAUUUCUGAGCUGAUAGACCACUUGAAGGGGGACAAGCGAGUCAGUCGCUUCAGCUAUUAUAACUUGACUGACUUGCAAGAUGAUCCGUGGAUUGAAAAGGACAUUGGUGAUGGUUCGAUGAUUGAAGCAACACCACUUGUCGAGCAGAAUGAUGGCGAAGUUGCUGCAGUACGUAAAAUGGUAUCUGAAGAGGUGGUUAUUAUAGAACUUGAAGAGGGGGAUGGUUUUCAGAUUGAAGGGGCCCUAGUUGUCGAGCUUGAACUUGAUGAUGCUGAAGUUGUUGCAUGGCAAGAAGAAGUAGCUGAAGAUGGGGAAGUAACUGAACUCGUAGAUUUCGAGUUGCGGUCUGAAGUAACUGAACCAGAAUUUCCAGAGGAAGAGCAAUUCCAGGAGAUUGUGGUUGUGGCUACGUCUGUGACUGGCAACGAGGAGCAACAGAAGCCUGACUUAGUUCAAGCUGGAGCAGAGAUCCAAGGAGAGAAAUAUGUUUCUAAUUGUGAUGAAAGUGACUCCGACAAGAAAACAGUCAUUGGCUCAGGAAACAUCGAAGCGGUCGAUGUGGCAAUGAACUCACAAAGUUCGGAGGCAGAGAAUUCUACCAUUGUGGAAUCUGAAAGCAACGUUUCUCUCUUUGUUAUGGUGGGACUCGCUUUGGUGGGUCUUAGUCUACCAGCAGCCGCGGCUUUCUUUUAUGUGAAAAAAGCAAGCAGUUCCAUGAGUGUUCCAACUCCAGUGGAGCAGCCAUGGGCGACCAAGAAUUUUAACAUCAGUCCUGUGUCAGCAAGUGUGGAGCAUACGAUGUGGCAGAGGUGGUCUUCUCCAAAUUGUCCUACCGAGGUUGACAUAGCCGGAGAAUCAUGCCCUUCGGAAAUGAGCAGCUUCCAGAAGAAGUCAUCUCUUGGCACGGGUUUAAAGGGUGCCGAUGAGGCACAAAGCCAGGAGAGGAGACUUAAGAAGAAUUAUAGGAGGGAAUCGCUGGCUUCUUCUUCUUCAGAACUCUCGAUGGGGUCCCACUCUUACGGAAGCUUUACCACAUAUGAGAAGAUCGCAUGCAAGCACCGAAAUGGAGAUGAGGAGGUGGUUAUCACUCCAAUAAGGCGUUCGAGCAGAUUGCUGAAGCAAGUCACUUCUCCAUGACUAGAGGAGAAAGCAUUCUCCUCUUAACUCCCGGUUGCUCCUGAUUCCUACCAUUCUAGGAUUCAGUGGUUUGACAUAGGUUUAGCUAGAUUUGUUUGACUGCAGUAUGCACAGCUUACAGUUCAAGUACUUGUUGCAACUAAUUCACUUUCGAACUGCUCUAAGGUCCCUCCACUUGCCCCUGUGGUCUGAUUUAUUUCCAGUAGAGCUUCUAGCUUUUAGAA